CAUACCUCGGGAAGUACACAUGUUUAGAGUACGGAUGAGAAGUCGUAGGAUAUCGCGGGGGUUACUUAUGUGAGUCGAUGUGGACGGAAGUUUCCGAGAAAAUGCUGAGAGACAAGGGUGAUUCAACAGAUAAGUGUCGAGAGCACCGCCGUCGGAGAAUCGUGAUGAGGAGGAUGUCAUCAGUCCCGACCUCCAGUUCGGCGCCACUGCCUAGUGAGACGGAGAACUCAGUUUGUGCUGAAGAGGCUAAGCCGUUAUGCACUUCGGCCUCGGAUGAUUUACUGCUGGUGGCGUCGUCUGUUGACAAGGAGCCAGAAACGGUGAAAAUGAAGGCAAAAUCGGCUGUAGAGGGAGGGCCGGUGUUCGGAGCAGUGUCUGUGGCGGGGAGGUCUCGUGAGAUGGAAGACGCCAUUUCUAUAUGGACGCAUCUUUGCCGGCCUGAGAUUAACCAAAAAAGACCCGUGCAUUUCUUUGCUGUUUAUGACGGUCACGGUGGCGCUCACGUGGCAGCAUCAUGUAAGAAAUGGAUGCACGUGUUUGUGGAAGAAGAGUUGAUGAGCGUGAUAUGCACAGGUGGGAAAGAGCGUGAGGGAAGCAGCAGCUUGGGAGCGGAGGAGAACGUUGAGAGCUGGAAAAGAGCGAUGAAGAAGAGUUUUGAGAGAAUGGAUGAGGUGGCAAUGAACACUUGCGUAUGUGGGAGCGUUGGGUUUCGUUGUGGGUGCCCCUUGAUGGACGCUGCGCUUGGUGGGUCCACUGCCGUGGUGGCCCUGUUGACUGAUGAAUACAUUAUAGUUUCCAAUUGCGGCGACUCACGCGCUGUUCUUUGCCUUUUAUGGCAGCCGGAUAGAUCAGAUGAACUUGCAAGGAUUGAAGCUGCUGGAGGCCAAGUCCUGUAUUAUAAUGGAGCACGAGUUCAGGGAAUUCUUGCUAUGUCCCGCGCGAUAGGAGAUGGGUAUUUGAAGCCAGUUGUGACAUGGGAGCCUGAGAUAACAUUCACUAAGAGAGAACUUGAUGACGAUUUCUUAAUUCUUGCAAGUGAUGGCUUGUGGGAUGUUCUGUCAAGUGAAUUGGCUUGUGGGGUGACACUUGACUGUCUUAGAGAAGGAAGCAAUGUUGCUGCCACUGCAUUUGACCUCAAUGCUAGGCCUCGGGUAGUACAUAAAGGGGCUGAAACACUGUACCCAUCUCGAAGUUCUAUGGCUGCUGCAUUGCUCACCCGCCUUGCUUUGGGACGGAGAAGUUAUGAUAACAUCAGUGUCAUAGUUAUCGACCUGAAGAGCAGCAGUUCACAAGAAGAGUUGAAGUAACCUGGCGAUCCUUUGAAGCGUGAACCUCAGACCUGUCCCCCCUAAAGGCCAAAGGCAUGAUGCCCAUAGCUGAUAAAGUUGUUGAAAUAACAAGAACAUAUCAGAAGUUCUCUUGUUGUCUUUCUGUUUUGUUUGUUCUAUGAAACAUCUGUACAACUAAGCUUGCAAUGGACAGGCCUUUUUAGGUACUGGGUGAAAACAGUACUUCAUUAAAUAGACCGAAGAAUAUGGG